AUGAAUUUCCGGCCUUGGCUUCGCUUGCUCCUUGCGCUGCGCGUGGGCCUUCUCGUUGAUGGAAGCAAGGUGGGUGCUGCUCGGGGAAGCAGCCAACUGCAGGAAGCUUACACUCGCUCGACUCUGAGCUCUCUGGGCUCCCUCGCAACAGAACUUGCGGAUUCAGAGUCGGUUCUGUCGAAGGAGGCGGGGCCACUGACGGAGGAGCUCCAGGCCCAGGGCUUCUCAGCUGUGACGGUCCCCAUCGGCCCCGGCGUGAUCCUGUCGAUUGCCGUUUUCAGCCUGCUCUUCACCGCGCACGAAGCCUUCGUGGCUGCAGGGGCAAAGCCCUUGCUGGCAAACCACGAGAAGCCCAACAGCCUACCGUUGCAAUGCACGUUUGCGAUAUAUUGGCUCCUCGUGAUGGUGAACUUUUCAAUGCUUGUGCCGGUGUCUCUGGAUUACGCACUGGCCAUGGGACAUUCCGCUACUGCCAGUGGGGUUUUCCUCGGUGCGCCCAUGGUUUUCGCACUGCUUGGCACGAUGCUGGGGAGGCCCCUCACAAGCGAAGUGAACUGGGACCAGCCUUUCGGUCGAUAUUUGAAUCUCGGCUGCCAAGGGUUGGCGUUUGCUGGCAACUUGGUCCUGGCGUUUUUGAUGCAAGCGGCAUCGCAGUGGAGCGAUGAGACGAGGAAGACGUCCUUCUGGUGCUUCCUCCUCGUAAACGGCGCAAACCAAUUCUUCCAGGCCCUCCCGAUCGUGUGCUGGACGACCAUGUGGAAUGUCGUCACGCCGAACAGCCAGAAGACGCUCUGGAGCAUGAUCACCAUCACGUGUCGCAACUCCGGCUUCAUUGUGGGCCCAGUGUGCUUCGUGGCACUCAGCUUCUCAGUGCGGAGUGGGCGCGACAUUUCUCCCAUCAGCAUGAUGGGCUGGUCCUUCGUUGGACUCGCGAUGUUUCAAGCUUUGGUGCUGACGACCGCGUCUCUCUGCUUGCCGACGGUGGUCUCGCCUCCGGAGGAGGAUGGAAAAGCUGCGGAUGAGGAUCAAGACGCGGAGCUGAGCCCAGAGGAGCUGCCGCCAGAGUCGCGACAGGAGAUUGUGAGCAACAUCAUCAUCUACUGCUACGAGCGGGCCUUCACCAUCGCCGCGGUCGAGGUCUCCACAAUGAUGCUCUUAGAAGUGCAAUAUGGGUGGUCGAAAGAGGCCUGUGGAGCGUCCUUCAUGAUGGUCGGGGCGGCCACUGUGGCCACAACCAUCGUCUCCAGCAUUGCGUUGAGCAGGAAGUGGGUGAGAGAGUCUUGGCUCUUCCUGGGAUCCACCUUGAUCUCCCUUUCUGGCGUCUUCCUGCUCUUUGACUGGCGAUUUCCAUUCGGGGGUGGGAUCCUGCUCUUCGCCGACUCUUUGGUCUACGCCUUCUCGGGCGUCUCCAAUGGCAUUGCCCAGGGUUGGGCCGCCCGGGCGGCCAUGAAGGGAACGAGCUACGACAUCCGAACCUAUCGGGUGCAGAACGCGGCGGCGAUCCAGAUCAGCAGGUUCCUUGUCCCCAUCUUCACCCGCUUUAUCCUGGACUUCGGAGGCCAGAACAUCUACGCCCUGGUUCAGCUGCUCAUGUGCGCCCUGGGCACCUCCACCGUCUGGCGCACCGUCACCCUGGUCUGGCGCAGGGGCGCGAAGGACGACCAGGAGGCUAGCAAGAGUUCAAACACCGAGCCUGUACAGAACACCUCUAAGGGCAAGGAGUGUACUCAGUGUACCUAG